CGUUGAUCUACCUUGCCUUAGUCGCAAUGUGGGUGGAUUGAUUAUCCGCGAAUAAAUUGUGUACAAUUCGCUUGUGCCCUUUGAAGCUUCGCAGAGCCGCUCUCGAUCAAUUGAAGAUAUUCAAAUUCACCUCCACCGAGUCAGCAGGACCCGCAUUUUCAACCCCCAAGGCCGCUGGCACCUUCUCGAUGCGGACCAUGUCCCUCUAUGGCGAGUUGUGCGAGCUGGUGGGGUGUGCGCAACCUUGGAACUCACGGCGUGUAAUCUUUGCGCCCCUGUUCCUGGUGGGUGAAGAGCAUGUCGAGAUGGUGUGCAGACGGAGACCGGGAGUCCGCUCCAAAAUCGGCACGUCUGAACCCGCGCUGCGACAGCGGCGGUACAAAAGGACAGCGGGCAGCCAUAGCGGCGGUUUUUAUUCUCAAGGUUGUCUCGCGAUAGUGAGAGAGUGGUCUUGUCAGGCCGCAGUCAGGUGUUCGAGACGACCCAAUCUCGCGACGCUCUCGCCGCCGACGGGCUGUAGGGCUGCAGGAUCCCUCCCUCGAGACUACAAGAGCUUCGUCGCAGAAUGUCGGGCGAUUGGCUUGACGUUGCUUGUUUUAACUCGUUUGUGGUGUCCCCCGGAAGCUGCACGGCUUUUCUUUUGGCUGAAAUUUGGUCCGCUUGGCUGCAACCCCCAUGCCGUCGCUGGCGGGCAUCCACCCAUCUUGUGCAACUUAUAUUCUCCUUCCCCUCCCAAUUAAGACGCCUUCGUCACCACCAGAGACGCCGUCGCCACACGGGUGUGCUCUUCUUGUCCGCGGACGGCGCCAUGA